AUGCUUGCCUCUAAACAAACGUAUUCAACCCCAAAUAGCCUGUUGAAGUCUAAUUACCCUAUUGUUUUCAGAAGGUUUCUCCUUCACUUCUCGAGAGAUUUAACUCCUGGCAAUCGAGCAGAAUUUAAAUUUUGGUGCAAAGGACAAAUUCCGGGUUCGAAGCUAGACAUCAACCCAAAGAACGAUGAAGAUUUUCUGGGUUUGAUCGAGUUUCUUCUGGAAUUCAAUGCAGUUUCCCUCACGAACUUGUCUCUACUUAAAGAAUUUCUCAUAACUGUCGGCCAUCACGAUUUGCUGCAAUCUUUGAAACAAGUCGAGCUGCAAAUCUCGCUAAGUGGUAUACUUGAAGGUUACAUAAAGUCGAUGAUACACCUCCGCCAUGGCACGCCUGUGAAACUUGCCCGUGACCAAGCAAGCGUCUCAAAGUUUUUGCUGGCGAUUAAAGAAAUAAAUAAGGAACUGAUUUCUCCAGUGUUGAACCGCCAACUUGAGCAAGUAGAAGACGACAGUGUUGUUCUGCAGGUCAUCAAGAGCCCUCUUCUAAAGACCUCGUCGCUGUCGUGGUCCAAGUUCACGUCCUAUUUGGUGUCCAUUGGUGAGUUCUACGCUUCGUUUAGUUGGCCACGUAACCAGUUACCCGAUGUCGUAGCGGAUGGUCACUUCACGAGUCUCUUUUCAGACACCAAGACCUGCGAACUACUUACGAAAUGGAUGCUUAAAAACGGAGGUCUGGAAGCAUUUCGAGAAUUCAUCAAAGAAAAACAACAAACCACUAUCAGUGAGUCCGUAUCAUCGUCCAAUGGAGAAUGUUUAAAAGAAAUCAUCGAGCGGCUUGGAAAUCGUAUCGACUUACAAUGAAGGAAUUUCAUUAAGGAAAUAUGAAAUGAUGAACAUGUAAAUGUUUCAUAUGGUAAAUCAGUAUUGACGUAAUACCCCUAAAGAGAAAAUAACUACCCCCCCCCCCCCUCACAUCCCCUCCUAUGGACUGCCACCUUGCCGUGGUGGAGGGGCUCGUGCGUUUCAGUGAUCCUGAGAACUCAGCCGGCAGAGGCAUGUGAGCCUCUGGCAGGUACAACCAAGCUGGAAAGAUCGACGGGGAGAAACCAGACCAAAAGGCAGUCAACAUUCUAAUUUUACGUCUAUUUCUCUGGGAAAAUUUUUUUUCCUUGUGCUUUCCACAUUACCUUUUUACAUUAUAACGAAACGUACUACAAACUAUUAAAUUUUUCACAGGAAACAAAUAUCUCACUGUUUUAUAAAAAUAUGAAAUGCAUUGAAAAAUGUGAAAAUGUAAAAUAUGCUCGCAAGGGCGUAAAGAGAACAACAAUGAAUAAUCAAUAA